UUUUGAUAAAAAUAAAACUGAAACAGUCAACAUAAAAAAAAGCUGCUUCAGGUCAGCAGGUCAUGUAGGGUUAGCUAAGCGAACGAGUCAGUAUGUGUGUAAAAAGUCUGUCUGGCCAAAAUAAUUCAUUAGUUUUCAUCAGCUUGAACACCAUGACACCGACAACAUUCACAUGAUGAUCGUAACGUGGAGCAGAAAGCUGAAGAGCUAACUGUUGAAGCCACACAGGAUAACCCACAGACGUGUACGUAGACGCCUCGUGGGCUGGCGCUGUCUAUUGGAGCUGCUGUAGUGGCUGGCCGCCAUUUUAGAUGGGUCUCCGUUUGCCCCCGGUGCAUUCAUUUCUACUGAGGGGGUGUUUACCAACUAAAAACCACACAGAAACGGGCACAGUUGUUCACUCUGCAUCUGUUUUUACAGUCACUGCUGCUCUGCAUUGACUUUGGAGAGUGAGGAGACCCAUCUAAUAUGGCGGUGAAACUGUUCCAGUGCCCAAUUGGGCAUCUACUUAUUCAUAUCUAUGGGAUAACCCGCUUUAAAAUCGAGCAAACCCCAAGACGUUUGUCACCGCCCAGUUCCGUACAGUUCUCCUAUUGGCUGAGCGGUUGCUAGGAGAUUAUACUUCCAAGGUUUGAGCGAGAGCAGAAAAAUCCUAGCCUAGUGAACUAGACCAAGUUAUAGGUUUAGAUCAGCCUAGUGAACUAGACCAAAUUCUUGCUUUGCAAAGUUUGGUCUAGGCACGCUCCAUUGGAACCUCAGCAGCUCCUACCAGGACUCUGGCUAGCCAAUCACAGCUCUCUAGAGGGGUUUCAAACACAUAAAGAGCUGUGAUUGGUCCAUAAUGGUGGGCCAAUCAUAGUGCUCUAUCUGCUUAGUGAACAAAUCACAGAGCUUUAUCCGCUUUGUGGGACAAUCAGGGCACUCUAUAUGCCUGGUGGGUGGGAUGAUGCAACAGAGUGAAACAAGAGUAUGUCACAUUCAUUGUCCAGUGGAAUGCGGAGAUCAUUUGAAAGACAACGGUAGAACCCGCCCCACAACCGAGAGCCGUCAAUGGAGCAUUUAUUUAGUCUGGCUUGCCAGGCUAGAAAAAUCCGUGAGAGCAGGGAGCAGACUUGUGGGAGGAGUUUUGAUCCAUGCAGAGAAAAAGUUGUUGCGUGAGAAGAAAAUACCAGUGUAAGAAAGUUAAAUCUGAGCGCAGAAACAAAGAUUUGAAGAACAGAGUAUAUUUAAAAGAGAGAGCAGACAUUUUGAGUGCAAGCAUUACAAGUUUUGAGAGCAAUAAUAUAAAAUCUUAUUCUCAAAUUAAAAAGUUGGUCUCUUGGUAUGAAAUUCUGCUCUCAAAUUGAAAGUUCAAGUGCUCAAUUUCUGGCACUUAAAUUCUUCCAUACACGUCUGGCUGCUGUGGUGAAAGAAAAAGAGCUCAGAUAGGAAGGGACAAAAUGAUGAAUACUUUUAUUAAUAUGGACUUCAGUGAGUCUAACCACACUUUGCUUUGCUAUGUCACCGUAAGUUUCCAUUUUUUACUUUGUUGUUACAGGUUGAGGUCAGGCAUGAGGGACAGGCAGCUGGAAGAGCAUGUUAAAAAAGCCCGAAGUCUAGAGGGAACCCGACUGGGGCUGGAAGAGUUGGCUCAGUUCCUCACGCUCCCAGUUUCAGACACGCUCACACAAGUCUACAACCUAUUUGAGCAGAGUGAAGAUGGACAGAUGGACAUCAGACAUUACAUCGUCGCUCUGUCUACGGUACUCCGGCCUCCUAAAUCCUUUGAGACUCUUAAACUGGCCUUUGAGAUGUAUGAGAACGAGAGAGGAGAAAUCCGGGAGGAAGAUCUGGCUGUCGUCAUGGAAAUAAUGUUGGGAGUGAAGAAUGUGGACCUGUCUGGUCUGUUUUUGGCUCUGGGAAAACUGGAUGAAAGGAAAAUCACUUAUGACGAGCUUCACCACCUUCUAAAGAACACUUCUCACCUCUCCCUGGAUGGCUUUGAUUUUAAGGAUCAUCCAGGUAAAGGCUGCAUCAGCCGACCCAACGGCUGCAACGGCCAGAGCCACGACAAAGACAAAUAAGAGACUGCUGCUGUGUGCUCUAACUCACCUGGUCACCUCUGUGCCUGUACAUGUAGGUAAACCUAGAGCAGGAGGGUUGUCUCACUUCACUAAGUUCAUUUGUUCUUUGCGUUUUCUGUUAAGUCAAUUUUGAUCUGAAAGCCUUUUACAUUGUAAAAGCAGAUGAUUUAUUUCUUAUAUUGCAAAUUUAAAUAUUUAAGAAUUAAGGUGAGAAAUGGAGUUUUUUCUUUGCCUUGUUGUCAUCUCAGGAACAACACACACAUUUCCAGUUUCCUGCUACGGCUUGGUUUCAUACAUAACAUCAAUGUUUUUAUUUACUUUAGCAACUCUGGCAUCAAUACUGCAUGUAACACUGACAUCCCACUUUGUUUUUGCAAAGAUUAGGCCCAUACAUAUCACAUGUUCUGGAAUCAGGGUGAUUGUUACGACAUUUUAUGAAAAAAACUUUUAACGUCAACGCUAAAUUUCUAGCAAAUGCUUUGUAUAUAAUGACAAAUGAUGUGACUAAGAACGCUGAAAAACCUUCAUGUACCAGAAUAAACAGUCAUCUUGGUUCUGAGAAUGUUUACCAGCUGAGUUUUAGUUUUUCCUUUUGACAGGCUCUGGUUGCAGGGAAUGGAGUGUUGAGUGUUCCACAUAAUCAUCUAACAAGAUUUCUGGAAUAUUAGCUUAAAACAGGUUCACCGUAAACGAUGACAGUGAUCCCAAAAGUGGGACCAAAGAGAAUUCAGGCUGGGAAAUAAGGACAGCUUUCCUACUUGGACAACUCUUGUAACACCAUUUGUUUUUUCUGGCGUCAGAAAAACAGUUUUAUCCUUUUUUGGUUUUGAUUAACAAGAUUUAGUCCUAAUGAUGUCCCUUUUUGAGCGAAAAUGAUGAGAAAUGGUUUUUAAAGAUGGAGAGAACACACUUUCACUUUUUGGUUUAAAGUGUUUUUGUGCUUUAUAAACACAUAAAUCAAUGUUUUUUGUUUACAUCAUGAAAUAGUUUCCUCUUAUGUCCACUAGGUGGAGCUUUGUUUUAACAAACCAUCAUGUUCAGACUUCUCACUCACAGGUCAUGAGUAAAAAAAAAAAAACAGCAUAUAAAUGAUGGUUCCUCCCUUUAAGCCUGUAUCGUGAGGUAUUUUUGCUAGUUACAUAUUAAUUAGAAGCCAUCAUGUUCACAGUGGCUCUUCCCAUCAGAGUCCAGGUGGUGGUGCUGACUCCCUGUGCUAAACACACCAGUGAGCCCAUGCACCUCUGCCCACCUGAUGGACAGGAAAUGCAUUACCUCAUCCCUUCCUUUCAUUCCUUCAGGUAAAAAUAGAAGAUUAAGCCUGAGCUUUGAUGAGUGAAACCUACAGAGGAGGUGUGGAAGCAUGGAGAGAGGGAUAGCGGUGGAGGAGAGCGACUAAAUGGAUCGUUCUGCUCCAAAUCCAAUUCCUAAUAGCUGGAGGGAGUGAGGAGGGUGGGAGGAGGGAGAAGAAAAAACAGUCAAAGGAAGAGGAGAGGGGAUGUGGUGAUAUCACGUCUAACAAUUAAGACCUGCCUUCAGGGAGUGAAGAAGAAGCUUUGUGGAGAAAAUAUGAAUCACACAUGGAGAAGCAUGCCUCUCUGGGUCGUCCUCGGAUUCUCAGUCGGCCACAAAGCCUCAGACACCACAGCUGGGCUGAGAUCUGUUCACACCAUUUAGGGAAUCGUUUCUAUCCAUCCACUUCCCCUUCAACCAAAGUUCAGUCAAACCUCGAUCCAAUGACCUCAUCUAAUGACAAUAUUGCAUCUUUUCUUUUGCAGAAUUGGCCUCACUAAGACACCUAAAGGAUUAAAACGAUAAUUAUUUUAAUUGUCCACUUAAGAUAGUUGGAUUAAAAUAAUCAUCACACUUGUAGAAACAAGAUGUGAAGGAAACACUGUUAACACAACAAACAUUACCAACAGGUUUAACUUUUAGCUGCCAAGAGUUGAAAAGUUCUGGUCUUAGCUGCUUUUCUCCAUAGUAACGAAGCAAAGAUGCCAUUAUUACUUCCCUUUUUACCCCUUACUGUGUGCCUACAGCUGCUUGGUGACAAAAACAGGCAUCAUCACUUUUCUGAGGAUGUAACUGAAGAACAUUUUGAUGGACGUGUUUCUUCUGUGAAAAAUCCCAACUUCACCUUCAUCCCACUGAGAUUAUUUUUGUGUCACGUCUUUUAAAAUGCAGUUGUAACAAAAAUGUACCUGGUGUGGAAACUCAAAUUGUCUGAUUAAGUUGCUGAUUGGUGCAUAAUAAUGUUGACACUGUUCUCACUCUUGUGCUUGUGAUGCCAUAUGACAUUGAUUGCUUCAAUGUGACUGAAUGGUUGCAAAGUUGGUCUUAAGUCAGAAAAUGGCCUCAAAACGCAUCACGCAUCAUACUUCUUUGUGUUCGUCGGUGCGGAGACGCACAACACCAUUAUUCGUCGUUGCAAGUGCUGUCCAACAGGCUUGCAAGGAUGAACGGAGUAGAGCCCACUUUUCUAAAUAUCCGUUGAAAGCAACAAAGGUCACAAGCCUGUGAUUGGUCAGGACACCGCUUCCUGUAACUUUGUCAGCACCGCUAUUCCCUCUCAAAAAAUAAAACGAGAACCGAACAUUUCUAAUGACAGACACGAAGCAGAUUGUAGAACACCUCGUGAAAAACGUAUGAGAUAGGUAUAAUUAUGAGAUAGCUAAGUCAUAAUUAUGACCUAGGUAUCUCAUUAUUAUGAGAUACCUAGGUCAUAAUUAUGAGAUAAUUUCUUUUUUUAUCUGAGUGGCGGGAAUGGGCUUCCAUACAAGCUAUCUCAUUUUCUCUUUCUAAACAACCGAACUGGAACUCUCCACACAACCGGCCAACACCCCCUUCAACAUAAAAGUCCAACCAUAGCAAAUCGUAGCCCAUUACACUAUUGUUAAACAAUGUAAAGCGUGAAAUAUAUAGCCUAUAUUUGUGCACUUAUACUAACCGUAAUUGUAGUUUGAAGUGAAUUUAAAUAUCAUGAAACGUUUAAAAUUUACUUUAUUUUGAAAAGCUACUGGCUUCUUCCUGUCUAGGUGCGGUGUUUCAGGUGCGCUUCUCAUGAGAGACAGUCCAAACUAGAGGAGAAAAGUUUGUGUCCCACCUUAUUGACAGUCUCCGGCUUUGAGUUUAUUAUUUGUACAAACUGUGAGUAAAGCAGGAGGCAGGACUUAAAUGCAGGUUCGGAUUCGGAGAGCGUGGAACGCGCUCACGUCAAACCAGCAACACAAAAUGAAACGGCAGGCUGAGCACAGAUGAUCAAAAACUAUAAAAAAGACGUAGAACAGAUAGAUGAGCAGAGAAAAUAUCUUAUUUUGAAAUAUCGAAGGUGAAAUAACAUUUCAGGAGCAAAUAGGAAAAAGGAGGUGUUCCGGUUUGCAGUGGGCGUUCCCGUUUACAAACAAAACGCCCCUUUUAGCGGCGGGCCGGAGCAGACACGUAGAUCUCUUUAAACCGAACUGAACCUUCUCUCACUCGCCUAAUGCCUCAUCUUUACUCUGUCGAGAGGUACUUGGAAUAGAACAGACCUUAUUGAUCCUACAACAGGGAAAUGUACUUGUUACAGCAGCACCAACACUUAAGAGAAUUACUGGAAGACAAAUAAUAACAAAGGUACAUGCAUAUACAAAUGGGCAGUAAGCUAUACUAUUGUAAUAUUGUAACCUUCGACCACUAAAAACCAUGAAUAAAAAAGAAAAACUUGGGUUCCAGGACUAAGUCCUUUAUUUAGAAAAAAAUAUAUAUUUGCGUCUUCUUCGACAGUGUAUGGCAGACUGUCCCAUUGACUGACAUCCAUAGCUGUGAGUAUGUCAUAUUGUUCAUUGUCCAAUACCAUGAGGAGACAGUUUGAAAGACAACCAUGGUUUCCGGGCCUCGACCAAACUUUCCUCAUGGGUCGUGGCCAGACCAUAUUCACAUAUAUAGGAAGGCUUGUAUUUGGUUAUUUACAUAAGAUCAUAAAAGCAUACAAAUGAGUAGCAAAAGGCAGCUUUAAAUUGACGAUGUGUAGUUUUUAGCAUCAAUCUCUAGAAAUCUCUAUUGAAAUGUUGAAAAUAAAUUAAAUAAUGCCCAGUUGUUGAAAAAUAAUGGAGGCGUCGUAACAUAACUGUAAAAAUUCGGUCUAAAAUACAGGGGAGCGAGUUCAAGUCUCUGAGUGAUGCCAUAUUAGACACGGUGUUUACUUCUACGUGAGCCCAUGAGGACAAAAUGCAUUUAGUGAUUUGUAACAAGCAGUUACAAAACAAUCGCCUUUUAUAAACGUUUAACGCAUUUACCUCUUCACUCGUCAUCAGUGGUGAAAGGAAGCCUGAUGUGCUUUUCAUUUUUCUUGAAGGCUGAACAUCUGACGAAGUACUCGUUCGAAAAUUGCUCUCCAAAAGAGUUUUUACCCUAAUGUCCUUACUCGAAAACAAAAAUACUGAUUGCUUGGAAGGAUUUAGGUAUGUACUGCCCCCUAUCGACAGGGAAAAUACACACAGUCACUUAAUUAGCUAAAAGUAAAGGUUUACCAGCUAAAGCUGGAACAGCUAUUCAGCCACAACUAGUUUAUUAACUGGUCUUGAUAUGAUUAUUUUUUUCUGUGGCAUCCAUCAAGCCAGAGCACUUGAACAGUGCUCUUCUUGUAUCAAAGUCCAACUCAGAGAGGGAUAAUCUCCUCUUUAGCUGUCAAAUUCAGCUUUUUUCAUCUCCCUAUUGAACCAGCAACUGCAGCAACAAUUUGGCUUUGAUUUCACUGUUUAAUUCCUCCUCUGUUGGCGUAAUUUAAAUAUUCUACAUCUCAGUGGAUUAAAGCUGUGACCUGAUUCUGCUCAUCUAUUCACCGCAAAGGUAAAAUAUAUUUUGGGGAGUGACUGAUGACACAUAAAUGUCAGCUUCAGUCUCCGUUGAGAAUGAAUCUGUGCAUUCUUUUUAGUUGCUGAUAUUUGUGUAGGUGGCCAUUUUACCUUUCAUCUCUGCUCAGUUUCAAAGAUUCUGUUUUGAAGUACAAUCACAGGUUGUGCAAAAAGUUAAAAUAAUGUUUAUCGGAGCUUGAAUCCUGUUUGGUAAACCAAACCAAGGCAGAAAAUGGUCAUGAAAAAGCUCCUCAUACCUUGCAGAGAUCAUUCUGAUUCUGCUAGCUAGUAGUGUUGUCAAAAAAAUCGAUGCCUAGAUAUAAAUCGAUACUAAAAGUGGUAUCUAAAUUAGAUAUUCCAUCCCUGUGGUAUCGAUAUUAUGGACUAUUAUACACAGCCUUCUUCGAGUACACCGACACACACGACAGCCAGAUGCCGUAAAGCAGCCUCCGCCUCCCAGACAAACAGAAGAAGACGCCACAUGGCUACAUUGCAAUUUCCCACGCGAGUUGUCUCCGAUCCAAGUUUUGUCUGCCAAAUAAAUAAACAAAAACAUAAACAGCGAAUUUGGGAGGCGCUUCACAGCCCAGCUUAAUUAGCAUACCAAGUCCGACACGUAGUUGUAUAUUCACGCUUAUGUGCUUAAAGGAAACUCCCGUUUAUUGCAACCCGGACCUAAUUUCUAGCAUGCAGUACGUUUGUUUACUCACGCUGACAACUUUGGUGCUACUUGGAUUCCCCGGGGUAUUUAGAUCCAUCGGCGAAUCGCCAUCAGCGUCUAUCCAUAUAACGGGUGCGGACGGGCACCCAUGGUGCAGCCUCGAAAUAAGACAUUAUCUGCACCAAAACAUCUUCAUGUCGAAAGGUUUUGUUAGGAAUCAUUAACAUGAUUCCCCUGUUCGUUUGGAGCGAGUCUGGGAUUUCUAGGCGUAAACAGACUAGCCGCGGCUAAUCUAACCGGCGCUUUUAAUGACGUCACUGCCGUGCGCCAAUCUGUUUUUAUUAAGAUUACCGAUAGAUGUACCUUUGUCCUACUGUGGAGAAAUUCGUUUUCUCCCUUUAUUGACCAACAGAGUUGUUCAAAAGUACAGAACAAACAUAUGGCAUUACAUCUUAUGACAAAAAUGCACCUUAAACAGAGUUUAAGCAGCAAAACAUCACUCUGCAAAUAGUGUAUAUAUAGUGAGACAAUUCAUGACUUAAAGUGUUAACUUUCACCAGUUUUUGUAUGCACGUUUUAAAAAAUGCUGAUACUUGAAAGGUUUAAGCACUUAAUACACUUAAUUCUUAACAUUUAAUUUUUGCAAUAUAAAUUGAGGAAUGUUAUUUUUUGAAUAAACUUGUUCAAUAAAUUGGUGUUUUUAAAUAGUA